UGCUUCAUCCCUGUGUUUAUCAAGUGUCAACAUUUCGGUAGUUGCUUCUUAUCUCUCCGCGAUUGUGUUUGACAUUUGAAGUGAGGUGGAUUUUCUCUGCGAUUUCCUAGACACCACUAUUCACUGCUGAGGGAAAAAUGGCAAAAUUCAAAGUUAAUGAGAAUGUGAUGGCACGCUGGCCUGGCUCAAACUUGUGGUUUGAAGCAAGUGUUGUUGACUUCAAUGAUAUUGAAUACCAAGUGAUGUUCAAAGAUGACGCCAAGUCUGAAUAUGUUCUCAAAUACAGGGAUGUUAAGUCUGUCGAGCAAUUCCAAAGAAGUCGCUCCAAAAGCCGUGGAAGAUCUAGCAGCCGCGGCAGAUCUACUGGAAGACGAAAGAGCCCAGGGAGAAAAAGUCCAGGCCGAAAGAGUCCAGGCCGACCUAAGCAAAUUAGAGAACCUGUCAUAGAAACAAAGCCUGUGAAAAUUGUAGAGCCCGAGCCAGUCCCAGUAGUCAUCAAGCCAAGAACGCCUUCCCCAAAGCCUGUUGUCCGCCUUGCCAGGGCUGACAAGUUUGCUCCACGAACCUCAACUCCCACAAGACAGUCUGCACGGAUCGCUUCGUUGGCCGAGAAGCAUGAUGAAGUUGAUGGACAGGUCAAUAACAUCAAACCAGAAGUCAAGACAGUGACAGAAACUAAAGUUGCUACCCAAACUCUUGGUAGCCGACUAUGUGGACUGACAUCCUGUGCUGGAGGCUGCUUAAAGACUGCCGCAUGUGCCAUUAUUCCUUCUCUAGCCACUGUGAAGGCACUGAUUGCCUCUUUGCUGAUUGUGGGCCUACCCUUCUUCUGUAAUGAGCUGUGUACCAAGAGAAAGUGCACAAUCCUUGAAUUUCCAAAUAUGCCUCGUAAACUUGAGGUUUAUUAUGAUUUGAGGGCAGUUGGCAUUGUGACUGCAUUUUCCUUAAUGCAACUUCUGCUCUGCCUGAUCCCCAUUGGACGGAAGGUGAGCCUCCCAAAUGGGGCACAAAUCCGUUGCAAUGGCUAUGUUUCAUUAGUUGUGACUCUGUCGCUGAUACCCCUGCUAAUGUACCUGGACUAUGAUGUAUUGAUCGUCUACACACUCUUCCGUCAAAUAAUGGCCACCUCUAUUGCUCUAGCAGUCUUCCUCUCUGUAGUUCUAUACAUCCGAGCUAGAUAUAUUCCUGAUGAUGCAAAGAACCCAGCUGGUAACACGGGCAUAUUCCUAGCCGAUUUGUUCAAUGGACGUGAGACCUGUCCUGCCAUUCGAUCAUUUGACUUGAAAUUCUUUGCUUUUAGGGUCAUGGCUACUAUGUGGCUAAUGAUGAAUGUGAUAGUAGUGGUAAAAGAUCUGCAGAUUCACCUUGGCCAGUAUAGUCCAACACUCCUGGUUGCUUGCACUUUGCAGAUCUUCUAUGCUGUCGACUUUGUAUGGUUCGAAGAAUCUAUCCUGACCACUUAUGAAUACACGAAAAAUGGAUUUGGUCUGUUCUUUAGUGUUGGCACCUUACAAACUCCAUUUUUCCUGACAAUCUGGACAAGACUUGUACUUAACCAUAGAACUGAGCUCGAAUGGUAUAUCCUGUCUCUGGUUGUUGCUCUCAAUCUCUUCGGUUAUACAAUUUGCCGUGGAUCCAACUCACAGAAGCACGCUUUCAGGACCAACCCCUCUGACCCAGCCUUAGCUCAUUUGGAAAGCCUGCCAACAUCUGCUGGAACGAGAUUGUUAGUCUCUGGUUGGUGGGGUGUCAUGAGGCAUCCAAAUUACAUUGGGGAGAUCCUGAUAAUGACCUCCUGGACUCUUCUCUGUGGAUUCAACUUUGCUUUACCAUGGGUCUUGCUUGGACUUGAUGUUCUGUUCCUAGUUGCAAGAACUUAUGAAGUGGAAGAAGCUUGUAGGAAGAAAUAUGGACUGGCAUGGAACAAUUACACUGACCGUGUAAAAUACCGCCUUAUUCCCAGGGUCAUUUAGAUUGAUCUUUGGCUCAUAAAACUCUUUUUUUUCCUUUUCUGAAAACUAGGGACUGUUUGGUCUAAGCAAAUAAGUCAACUCUAAAGAAAAAUGGUUAAAGAUUAAAAUUAGAGUUGUCUCUUAAAGAGGUCACAGUUCUAUGAUAAUGAAUUGGGUAAUUUUAAGGUUUUUAAUUUUAUUUAUUAUUUCACAUUACAAUUCCCAGUUGAUUUGCAUAUCAAUGAUUGCCAAGUUUUGAUGGAAGUUUAAAAGACUCUAUUUUUGGUACAAAAUAAUCUAUGAAAUCUCUAUCUGUGUAACAUCAACUUUUAUAUGUUCUGUUAUUAAUAGUAAGUUUACUUACUAUGAAUAUAACUGGCAGAAAGUUUUAGAGGAAUCUUUCAGGUAUAUCAAUGAUGUUGAUAUUUUUGUGGUAGUUUUUGAGGAAUAUACUUGAUAUUUUGUAAGGCUAUAUAUUGAUGAAUAUCCUUACAGUUGAGGAUGCGUGUAUAGGCCAAUUUAUGCACUAAUUCUUUAUUUUCUUGCUCAUUUUUCUUACCUUGUUGAUGUACAGGGUGUAAGCCAUGACUAUACAAAAGGGUAAUCUUAUAGCAUUGCUCUUUUUAGAUAUUUCUUGCCUAGUGACUCAAAAACUACAUUAAUAUCUUCAUUAGUGGUAGAAAAGGCACCACUGCUGUAUAUGGAGAGUCAUAUAUAUAUAUAUAU